ACGGUCAAUAAUUUAAAAAAUAUUGUACAUGCAUAAAUUUAAAAAUUUUGAAAUAAAAAUACAAUAACUUAUCUUGUUCAUUUUCUUGAGAGACCUUUAUUUGGAUCCAUUUAAUUUACAAUAAGAACACCUGGUGUACCUUAAAACUGGCAACAGUAGAAGAAGUCGUGAUGAUUCGGACCUCUUUGACGUAACCGAAAGCAAAAUUCCGACAUUAGACAAACUUUUUAUUUAUAUAUUUCAAGCAAGUCUCUUUAAUUUUGUAUAAGUGCCUCCGAUACUGCCUCACCAACGACCAAACAAAACAUUCUCUCAACAAAAUAAUCAAUACAAACGACUCAUUGUUACUUACUCUCCUUUUCCACGCCGUACAUAAAUAAAAAUCUCUCAGCGUUUUCUGUUGGACACAUCUAAUCUCCACACAACCAGUUGGCUCUGCUCAUUCGAACAACAAAGACAACCGAAGCUGACAGCUAAUUACCGGAUUAGUUAAAAAUUCCUGAGCAAAACGCGAAAGUGAAUAGAGCAUAAUAAAGAAGUGAAUUGUUUUGUUGGAUAGUAAUAUAAACAUUAAAAAACAAAAAACAAAAUAUUUCUGAAAUUCAGACCUCGCAAUAUGCAAUCCCAAAUCGAACUGGUUGAAAUAAGUUUGAGUGCACCAAAUUCACCCAAUACACCCAAUACAUCCACUACACCGGAUAAGCGUUUCGAACAGGCCACCGAUGCAAUUUUGAAUUACGUCCUCGGCGACACGGUGCGGGAGCGUGAUGAGGAUGAUGCCGGUGUGGAAGAGUCCGUGAAGAGACGCAAUCAAACCAGCACUGCUUGGGCACCGAAGUUUGAGGAUGCUGGAAAGCCACAUGUACGUUAUUUUGCCGUUGGACCAAGCACCUAUCAGAUACGCUGUCCGCUCUGCAAGCAGCGUGCCGACAGUGAAACGGUGCAAAUGAGGGGCAUUUUGGGUCAUCUCAGCUGUUUGCUUUCCACAUUGUCCUGCUGUUUUCCAAUAUUCUCGCUGUCAUUUGUCUAUCUUUGCCUGCAGAGUCGCUUGAAGAGCAAACGGAUGUUCUGCAAUAGAUGCGGCGGCCAUUUGGGCUUUUACUGGCGGCCAACUUGAGCAAGAAGUUUUGGUUUUUGUACUUUUAAAACAUAUUUAAGUAAGGCUUCUAAUUGUCUCGGUCUAGCUUUUGCAAAUAAGUGUAUGAAUUUGUAUCGAAUAAUAUAGAUGUAUAUAGUAUAUAUCUUAAUAACUUUAAAAAAUAAAAUAACUAUAUAUUUAUUUUGCAAUUAUCA